CUGAGCAGCCGGGCGCAAGCGAAAACAAACAGCUGGGGCUGCGAGCGCCCCCGCCCCGGCCCCUAGAGCUCGCCGGCCCGGGCCCCCACUCGGGGCGCCCUCCCGCCCACCAUGAGGAAGAUCCGCGCCAAUGCCAUCGCCAUCCUGACCGUAGCCUGGAUCCUGGGCACUUUCUACUACUUAUGGCAGGACAACCGAGCCCACGCCGCAUCCUCUGGCGGCCGGGGCGCGCAGAAGGCCGGAGGAAGGCCGGAGCAGCUCCGCGAAGACCGCACCAUCCCGCUCAUUGUGACAGGAACACCCUCAAGAGGCUUUGAUGAGAAGGCGUAUCUGGCAGCCAAGCAGCUGAAGCCCGGAGAGGACCCCUACAGGCAGCACGCCUUCAACCAGCUGGAGAGCGACAAGCUGACCUCAGACCGACCCAUCCGGGACACCCGUCACUACAGUUGUCCAUCCCUGUCCUACUCCUCGGACCUGCAGGCCACCAGCGUCAUCAUCACCUUCCACAACGAAGCCCGAUCCACCCUGCUGCGCACGGUGAAGAGUGUCCUGAACCGAACUCCUGCCAACCUGAUCCAGGAGAUCAUUUUAGUGGAUGACUUCAGUUCAGAUCCUGAAGACUGUCUGCUCCUGACCAGGAUCCCCAAGGUCAAGUGCCUGCGCAACGACCGGAGGGAAGGGCUGAUCCGGUCCCGAGUCCGCGGGGCGGACGUGGCCGCAGCCGCCGUCCUCACCUUUCUGGACAGCCACUGUGAGGUGAACACCGAGUGGCUGCAGCCCCUGCUGCAGCGGGUGAAGGAGGACCACACCCGCGUGGUGAGCCCCAUCAUUGACGUCAUCAGUCUGGAUAACUUUGCUUACCUUGCUGCAUCUGCUGACCUUCGCGGAGGCUUCGACUGGAGCCUGCAUUUCAAGUGGGAGCAGAUCCCUCUGGAGCAGAAGAUUGCCCGGACAGACCCCACCAAGCCCAUAAGGACGCCCGUCAUAGCUGGAGGAAUCUUUGUGAUUGACAAGUCCUGGUUUAACCACUUGGGAAAGUAUGAUGCCCAGAUGGACAUCUGGGGGGGAGAGAACUUUGAGCUCUCCUUCAGGGUGUGGAUGUGCGGAGGGAGCUUGGAGAUCGUGCCCUGCAGCCGGGUGGGCCACGUCUUCAGGAAACGGCAUCCCUACAACUUCCCCGAGGGCAACGCCCUCACCUACAUCAGGAACACCAAGCGCACUGCAGAGGUGUGGAUGGACGAGUACAAGCAGUAUUACUACGAGGCCCGGCCCUCGGCCAUCGGGAAGGCCUUCGGCAGUGUGGCCUCGAGGAUCGAGCAGAGGAAGAAGAUGAACUGCAAGUCCUUCCGCUGGUACUUGGAGAACGUCUACCCAGAGCUCACGGUCCCGGUGAAGGAAGUGCUGCCCAGCAUCAUUAAGCAAGGAGUUAAUUGCCUGGAGUCCCAGGGCCAGGACACUGCUGGUAACUUCCUGCUCGGAGUGGGGACCUGCAGGGGGUCUGCCAAGAACCCGCCAGCACCCCAGGCAUGGCUGUUCAGUGACCACCUCAUCCAGCAGCAGGGGAAGUGCCUGACCGCCACCUCCACCUCCACCUCCACCUCCAUCUCCCCUGGGUCCCCGGUCGCACUACAGACGUGCAACCCGAGAGAAGGCAAACAGAGAUGGAGGAGAAAAGCCUCUUUCAUCCAGCAUUCGGUCAGCGGCCUCUGCCUGGAGGCCCAGCCCACCCAGCUGGUGACCAGCAAGUGCCAGGCUGACGCCCCGGCCCAGCAGUGGCAGCUGUUGCCGCAGCCGCACACAUGAUGGCAGCCCGGGGCCUCCUGGACCUUCUGCAUGAGACUUUGGGACUGGAAGGGGGUUGGGGUGGGGGAGUGUAAAGCGGGCCGUUUCCAUCUCCUCACAUUUCUGCCGGGACCAUCAGCAAACACCCCUGCCAUGAGACACCAUUCUCCAAAGCCGGCACAGGGCGGGCCUGGGGCGCGGGCCUCGAUGCCCAGGCUGCCGACCCGCCCUCGCCCCGGGGGAGAAGGUCAGGAUGCUGGGCCGCUGCUGGGUAGAGACUGGGCAGGUGCCCUCCCAUCUUUGUCCCCUCCCUUCUCCUUCCUGGGGGCCUGGACGGUGGUUGGGGUGCCCUCCCGUUGUCUGGGUAGAUCAAGGACAGAAGCCCACCUAGGGUCCCCACUGUGUCACAGGGCCUGCUUGUGAGGUCAUGGGAAGAGAAUGUCGGUGGCAUGGAUGGGGAAACUGAGGCUGGGAGGAGAGGGGCAGCCUGCAGUGUGGGUGGAGAACCAGAAGGACGUGAGUAGCUCAGUGGCCUGUCCCAGGCAGGUGCUGGGCUGGGUGUGGGAGGGAUGGGGUCGGGAGCAGAGGAUGGGUGAUUUGCAGAAGGACAUGGACAGGAAAGCCGCACAGCACCCAAAGAGAGGGUCUCUUCCCGGGGACCCAACCUCCCAUACGGCACCAGCCCCCGGGCACUGUGCCUGCCUCCAGCCUCUGCUCUGGUCCCCGCUCAGAAAGAGGCUGCAGGGCAAUCUGCAGGGGCAGCCUUGGAACACUGUUCAUUCAACAGAUCCCACUUCUGUUUGGCCAUGUGUCAGGACCAGACGUCUCCCUUGGGGCCUUACUGACCUGCUGGCGCCCCGUGCCCCUUGUCUGGGCCCAUCAUGAAGACCCCGUAAGGACAGGCAGCCACCAUGCCAUGCACCACUGAGCUGCCCCAUCCUCGUUCGCAGUGACGCCUGCCUUCUCCAAAGCCUUUGCCUUCGUAAACAGAGCCUGAUGGAAUGGGGGUGGCCCGUAAGAACGGGACCUCGUCUGGAGCAUCGGGGUUCCCUAAGUCAUUAGGGAGUAAGGCAUCCAGGCUCAGCCUCAUGCUCCCCGCGCCCCCCCCAACACACACUUCAGGAGGGAGGCCCCAGAAGGUCAGUCACUGCAGUGGGCGGAGGCUGGCUGGUGACUCCUGGUUGUGUAGAGAGGUCCCAGGUACUUCUCACAGCCCAUGGCCUGGUCUCGGAACCACUUCUGUUAUUCCCCGUGCUCCCCUUCUCCCACCCCACUGGCUCAGGCAGUGUGAUCUUGGGCAAAAGACUGGUGGUGCCAGGACCCCUCGGGGUCCCCCUCCCAAAGCAAACCAGCCUGAGACCAGCCCUGGGAGUUCAUGGAUUCCAGAGGGCCUAGGAAUCUCCUGAAAUUGCCCCCCAAAUCGUGCAUGUGUGUGCAUAGAUGCAUUUUCCUGAGGAGAGUGUCCAUGGACUUCCCCAGCUUCUCACAGAGGCCCUUGACCCCUAAAGGGUCUGAACCCCCUGCUCUGGAUUGGAGCUGCCAUGCUCGUCUCUCUCCCUGGUGCGCCUGAGCUGCUGUCGCCUGCUCCCUCCAUGCAGCCCUUGGGGCCAGGAGCCAAAGGUCCCUGGGCCACAGCACCCACCCUGAGGGUUCUCAGUGGUUUCCUCUCACCUCCUGGCUCUCAGUGGCAUCCGCCCAGCAGUGUUCCUAUGCCCCGGCGUGUACCCCGGGGUCUCACAGCGUGGGGGCCACGCUUCUCCCAUCCUCUGCUGUGAUGUUUCGUCCACCACCAUCUCCGUGGUGCGUGCUCACCCUGGCGGGCAGCGUGGACCUUUGGGGCCGGGGAGCAAGGGCUUCUCUUGAAUGUAAGAGGACUGCAGCUCAGAGCGCCUCAGGAAGGCCCCUCCUUCCCUGUCAGACCGGGCUCGGCACUUGUCAGCCCCCACUUGUGGGACUCAGCCCUGUUCUGUUUUUGCUUUUCCUCUUCUUGACCAAAGCAUGUGCCACUCGCUGUCCUUGAAGACCUCGUCUUUAUGAAACACACACCUGGAAUAAAACCACUUCUCACACCGA